CUCAGGCUUUGGCGGUAGAGUUCUUAUCACUUUAACCACGCUGCUCACCUAUCUUUGGCUGAGGAAUCGUGAACUAUCUUAGUGCACGGAGCGGAAAGUGAGACAACUAGACGAAUUUACCCGAAUUAUCAACAGACAACUGGGUUUUUGUCUGCCGGUCUCAAGCAUCAAAAGAAUUCAAGACUAAACCGCUUCGUCAUGUCACCCAUCGCUGCUUUAAUGUGAUACCCGAACACUCUGCAUCAUCAGUAGCCGUCUGCGCAUCUCACACAUACCUGUUCCCGUGCCGUACUAACAGUCCUAUAAAUCAGCGCAGUAGACGGAAGAAGUGCCAUUAGCUCACGGUGGAUGAUGAGAGGAGAACCUGGCUAGAGAGGAGGUAUCCCCAAUGAUGAUGAUGAUGAUGACGACGAUGUGCAGGAUGCAUUGGUUCCUCUGGUUGUCUGUCGUUGCGUGCCAUUUAGGGCUUACAUCUUCAGGGUAUUUGACGACCGCAGCAACUGGCGUCAUGCCUUCUGCUGAUUACACAGUCUCUGUCGACGUCACAGCAGCAUCCAGUGACGUCACCGAAACCGUUGUUUCUGAAGAUGACGCUCUAAGUGAUACCUCCCUUCCUUUAAAAUUGACAGAAACGAACGUCGAUCGGCGUAAUAUGUCAAGUACGGAAAAUACAACAGUUGGAAUUAGCAUCGGCGAAGACGUGGAAAGCACAGUCUUUAAUAUCAGUAAGCAGGAUGAAAAUAUGGAUUCCAAAGAAAGUGGAACAUCUGAAAGUCAGAGAAAUCCAACAACGGGCAUGGUAUAUUCCACAGUUAAACCUUUCACGGCUGACACGUCUGAAACGUCCACAGCAUCGCCCCAGGAGGGAUCGUACUCCCCAAAGCCGCUCACUCAGACACAAACAUUGGUUGAAACAUCCACAUCACAACCAGAGAGUUUACACACAAAUGUCAGCAUCACUAGUGUUUCUUUGAAUAAAAACCUCAAGGAUAUAUUUACCCCCACUUCUAAAGUUUCGGAAAGAAUUUUGAAUUCAACUGGUGCAGAACCAACCCUUGAGGCCACCACAAACGUUGAUACCUCAUUUUCAUCAGUGCCUGACGAAAUGACGCAACAUGUUUUGGACACAAUUCGCCCAAGUGACGCCCCCUCAACAGAAGCCACGCCCACUACUUCGACUUCUUCAACUAGGACAAGUACUUCUGAAAAUAACAUUGCUCGGCUGACAGUCCCAUUGACAACUUCGGAUUUCUUGGCGAGUAUUACAAAGACGACGAAAAGUACGUCAUAUACACAGCGAGUAACGGAAAAGCUCACAACGACAACAGAUGAUCGUGAUGAUGUUGAAGAUGAGACAGAUAGUCACGAGGAGACAGCCUAUGAACGAUCCUUAAGAACACGACGUGUCAUCAACCAUGCUGCUCUGUGGAUCACUAUUGGUUUUGUCGUUGUUUUGGUAUCUUACAUUACGGUUCUGGUUAUCUACAAUAGAAUGAGACCUGAAUGGCAGGAUCCUCAACACCCUUACUCAAGAUUCGAGAACGAAUCUGAUGACUUCCCGGAUUCAAAUGAAAACAACAUGGAUUGUGAAAACCAAGGUCUUAUUGAAGACAACUCCGAACGCGAGAACAGGCGAGAUUUCUCACAGUGCGUGGAUCCGCGAGACUUCCCACCGUGCGAGGGUUCGCAUGAGUAUCUUCUGUAUGAAGACCCAACCGUGAUGGACGAGAAUGCGUGCGAAGACUUCAGUUACCGCGAUUAGUACCGAAUGGUUUGACGUGGGCGGAUCCCGGAUUUUUUAAAGGGGGUUGGGGUUGGGUGUUGAAGUCAUCGAAUACAAGGACUAAAGGUCUGAAGCAAUCAAAAUGUUCAAUGUUGAUUGAUGACGUCAUUCCAGAAACUUAAAAAAAAAUUGAGAUUUGUUUCCCAUUAUGUACAUACAAGUAAUUAACAUUGGUCCGUCAGCAGGGGGCGUGUGUGUCAGCCAUAAACACCCCCAUUUACCUCUUUAGGAUUCGUUUAUGUUUCAUGCUACCCAGGACAAGUCUGGACGUAUUUCGUAACAACAUUUUACAAUGUUAAUAACUAAAGGCUAUUAGGAUGACUCCAACUUUUGUUAUAGGAAGCAGUACACAAAAAUGUUCAUUCCAUUUUGACCUGGAAUCAGAAAAACGAACGGGAGAAACAUUGUUUCCAGCGGUUUGUAUAUAGACAACAAUGCUCGCUUGUAAAUAGGACUUUUAUACUGUAUGUUUAUAAUUAAAGAACAGUCAAAGUAUAUCCAAAGCUCGCGCAGACAUUCUUUGUAAUUUACAACACACAUUUUAUUCAUAAACAAAACAAAAGACAUCGUUUUCAAAUAACACAUAGGCCUAAUACAGUUUACUUUCUAUAGGACGUAAUGUUUUGUUGCCCGCUGUAUAAUUGUACCAUUGGCCUAAUUUCGAGCUUACUAUCUUUUCGGCGAUAAUAGGUCAUUUUUUCGGUGAGUCUUUUUGGUAUUUCCUUAUCUUUUGUUUAACCGCAACAUGUGCUCAAUUUUCCACCAACAGUUUUAUUGAGGACAAAAUUAAUCACUUAAGGAAUGUCGACAUCUGCUACUCUUUCAGAAAUUAUUGUCAUUCCUUGUAAAUAUUUUUGAAAACCUUCAUAAUAUUCCAAAUUGUAUCAUAACCUUUGUAAAUAGCGUCCCGUAUACUUUAAACGUGUCUACGUAAUUAUAAAGGUUAUCAUUUUGUUGAUAUAGUAUAUAAUAAUUGUUUUACCAGUUCUUACAUCAACUAUAAGCUUUUCAUCAUUAUUGCUUAGGCCUAUACCUGAAUCACUGGUAACGCUAUAUUUCUCUUCAUUCGCCUGAAGCUGGGGACCGGCGGUACGUUCAGAGUGAAUUCUAUAUCCAAUUUAAUCGAUCAAGUUCCCACUAGAGAAAUGAUUGGUUUUUUUCCGAACUCUUUCAAUCAAUGUAACGCAAGAGUAAUUUUUCCUAAUCGUCCGGUCCCCAUAAUUAUAUGGAGUGAAAUCAGUCUUUCUCAGUAAGAGAGACAGAGUAAUAAUAAGAUUGAUAGAAAAUUCAGGGAAAGGGGUUGUUCUCAUGAAAAUAGUUAAUCGGUGAUGCUUGAAAACAAAUUUUGGCGGGCUUAAAUGCCGUCAUGACAUCGAUUAACAUGGCAAUCUGCAAAGUUUUGCUCUUCUUUUGAUCUCUUAGUUCCAAUGAGUGAAACUGGGACCAGACAAAUGAAACUCUAUAAUUUGGAUUGGAAUACUUUGAACAAGAGUUACUACCAGUAGAAACUCAUUAAAUAAUUGUCAUCCGUUCGAUUGAGUGAAUUUUAAUAUUACCGUCUUGUCCCUAUGGUUUCACUCAGGAAGCGUGAAAUGCGAGAUGAGGAUUCUGGAAUUCAUUAAAUAAGUUGAAGCAGUCAA